AUGACCUUGGGAGCCCUCGAAUUUUACUCCGGGAUAGGCGGUCUGCACUGCGCCCUCGCCCAGAGCAAUCUCGAUGGGUCUAUCGUACACGCGUUUGACUGGGACCAAGCCGCAUGUCGCGUGUACUCUGCGAACCACUCACAUGUCGUGGUGCAAAAGGCCGACAUAUCGUCUUUGACCGCUCCAGACAUCGCGGAGCUCGACGCUACUCUGUGGUUGUUGUCCCCGUCGUGCCAGCCGUAUACAGUGCUGAAUCCGCUAGCCAAGGGUGCAGAAGACCCGCGCGCGAAGUCGUUCAUCCGGCUCAUGGAGGAGGUACUCCCGGAACUCGUGCAGAUGGGCAAGCACCCACAAUACAUGCUCGUGGAGAAUGUUGCAGGAUUCGAGACGUCGAGCACCCGAAUACGGCUCUUAGCCACCCUACGCGCGGUAAAAUACUCGACCGUGGAGCUUCUCCUCACCCCUCUUCAGUUCGGGAUCCCAAACUCGCGACUCCGAUAUUAUCUCCUCGCCAAGGCGAGUCCCUUGGCGUUCGCAAACGCAAAUGAUUCGGCGGAUCGAAUCUGGCGCCAUAUCCCGGGACACGGCAGCGACUGGACUGACCCGAGAACGCAGUCCGAGGAGGAGAGUUCGGAAGUCGAGGUCGCGGAGGUCCGGGAGUACCUGGAUGAAGACACGGGCGCCGACCCGCCUUCUCAUGCAAUUCCGCAAAGGGUACUGGAAAAGUGGGGACGCUUGUUUGACAUCGUCCGUCCUUCAGAUAAACGGACUUGUUGCUUUACUCGAGGCUACACCAAGCUCGCGGAACGCGCCGGAUCCGUGUUGCAAAUGAAUGAAGAUCUUGAUCGUGCCGGAGAUGACGCUGCGGUCCGGCUACUGGAGCCGCUAAAGUUGCGCUAUUUCUCUCCCACAGAGCUCUUGCGCCUCUUUGCCUUCCUACCCCCGAACAGCGAUGGGCAGGGCCGUCGUAGAUUUGUGUGGCCUGAGGAUAUCUCGACGAAGACCAAGUACAGACUAAUCGGGAAUAGCGUGAAUGUGCGCGUCGUCACUGAGCUAAUAAAUUAUCUCUUUGAGUGA